GGUCUAGUCAGUUUACUGUGAGGAUGUCACGAGAUUCAUUUUCACAUUUGAAAAGGUAUUUAACUGAACGUGGAGGCGGGCCGGUUUCUCGCAUUAUAAAUGAUCGACUGUACUUGUAUGUUUAUGAGGGUGUGCCACGAACACGCAGUCAAGUUCUAGCUACAGCAGGGGCGCAAGAAGGAGAAGCUCCUAAACAAGUGAACAAGACCAAAAUAUACUAUGGGUUACUAAAAGAACCAGAGUUGCCAAAUCUUGCUAUGGAAGAGGAAGAAGGGGAAGAGGAAGGGGACAAACCAAAGAAGAAGAAACCUAAAAAGGAUUCUCUGCAGAAGAGCAAGAAGAAUGACCCAAAUGCCCCACAGAGCAAUAGGAUACCAUUGCCAGAACUACGGGAUAUUGAUAAGCUAGAAAAGGCCAAGGCCUUUCGUGAUCAGCAGAAGAGAGUCAAUCUGACUAAGGACAUACUUCCCUCUAUAUGUUUCUUCACAUUUUUAAAUGCAAGUGGGAAGUAAGUACAGUAUGUAUGU